CCUACCUUUUUACACGCCAACAGUACAAGUCAUACCUGGGCAUUCAGUGCUAUAGCAGAAAUUAUUGAUAAUGCUUACGAUCCUGAUGUCAACGCGUCUGAAUUAUGGAUUGAUAAAAUUGAGGCUAAUAAUAAAAUCUGUCUAACUUUCACUGAUAAUGGAGCUGGUUUGGACCCUGAUAAAUUGAUAAAAAUGUUGAGUUUUGGAUUUUGUGAGAAGUCUGUCUAUGAGAGUAAGUCGGGUCAUCAACCUAUUGGUCACUAUGGUAACGGUUUUAAAUCUGGCUCAAUGAGAAUAGCAAAGGAUGUUUUGGUUUUUACGCGACAAUUACAUACACAAAGUGUGGGCAUGCUCUCCCAGACCUUUCUGGAUCGGAUUAGGGCAGAGACAGUUGUGGUACCACUAGUGACAUGGAACAAUAAAGACGGGAAAAGGGAAGACAAUGAAGAAACUAUCAACAAUAUAAGAGCUAUCACAGCUUUCUCUGAUUUUAAAACAGAAGACCGUUUGUUAGCAGAAUUAAAAGAGUUGGAGAAACUUCAAACAGGCACCAGAAUUAUUCUAUAUAAUCUUAAAUCAGACGAGACCGGGAAGUUGGAAUUGGAUUUUGAAAGUAAUCCAACUGAUAUUUUAAACCCACAGACAUUGGCUAUUGAUACCACAUCAGUUUAUAGACCAGUACGGGAGGAUAUAGCUAGAUACCAGGUUUCUCUCAGGGAAUAUUGCAGUAUAUUAUUCCUGAAACCCAGAAUGAAGAUCUUUCUACGAGGAUUAAAAGUUAAAACCAAGUUAAUUUGUAAAUCAUUAUCUCAAACAGAGAUAGAUAGAUAUAAACCACAUUGGCUUGAUAAACCUCUUAAGAUAACGUAUGGUUUUACAUGUAAUAAAGACAAUGUAGAUGAAUAUGGUAUAAUGAUGUACCAUAGAAAUAGAUUGAUAAAAGCCUAUGAGAAGGUUGGAUAUCAGAAACAGCCCAAUGAUCUAGGAGUAGGUGUUGUUGGAAUUGUUGAAGUCAAUUUCUUACAACCUAUUCACAAUAAACAAGAUUUCAAUAAAGAUGAAAAAUACAAUACAUUUAUGGCAGCUUUGUCAAAAAAAACUAAUGAAUAUUGGAAUGAAAAGAAAAAUGGCAGCAACAGGAAUUCUGAACGUAUGAUAUCAGAUUGGUUAUGGGCUCAAUGUGAUAAUUGUUUAAAAUGGAGGCGAUUACCAGAUGGUAUAAACCGUAAUUUACCAGAUAAAUGGUUUUGUUUUUUGAAUCCAGAUGCAUCUCAUAAGUACGUUAAUUUUGUCUAA